AUGAACGACUUUCACCCUGAAUGGAUUUGGGGCGAUGACGCCGAAACGACCGUCUUCGCCCAAGGCUACGGCAACGAUCGCACCAUCAUCUUCAGUUUCUCUCUCGACGCAUCCAAGCCUCCAACCUCUCUCGCGAAUCGCAUCUGCGCUUUCCGCUACGAUCAGCUGGGCGGGCGAGGCUGUGCGACUCGAAUUCGUCGCAUGGACAAAAGCUCGAAGGACUUCAUGGUCUUCAAAGGCAUCGACUUUCGUACCUUCUUAACAUCCAACAAUCUACUUCGCAAUAUGCCCAAGCAUCCCAAUGUGCUUCCAGCUCCGUCGAAGCUAGUGACCUAUGGCAGUCAGGGUGGGGUGGUCUGCGGCACACUGCAGCCGUUCUACGUGGGGGGCGAUUUGGGAUCUCGCAUAGAGAACAGUAACGCCCUGAGAUCCCGUAUUCCGCUUGCUACCAAGGUCCGGUGGUGCACCGACAUGGCCGCGGCGGUCGCCCACACUCAUCGACAGGCCAAGACAUAUCACAUGGACAUCAAACCUGGCAACUUCUUGAUCGACCAAGACGGCAACCUGGUCCUAGGAGACUGGGAGCAGACGGAUGCGCCAACAACGACCAUCGCACCAGAAGCCGAUGGAACUUGGGACGUUGAGAUGGAAGAAGAGGGCGGCGGCCCUGCUGGCAAUGGGUGGAAUCGCCCACGUCUUCAAUACACCAAGUAUGAGGGCCCACCGCGCCGCAAUACUGAGGAAGACGUACUCGGUGACUAUCCAUGGAACACCUGGAACGUGUUUCCUGGCUGGAGUGCAGAACAUCCACUGGCUCUUGAGCUUGCUGAGGUGUUCAGCCUGGGCCGAGCGAUGUGGAUGCUUUUGCGUCAGCCGGACAUGGAUUUCGAUGAGAUUGAGCAUCCGAGCCAGCUCAAAACCAGUUGGGAAGGCGCCGAGGACAUACCCAGGGCGUGGAUGGGCAUGACAGAUCGGUGCAUGGCGAAAGAUCCAAAUGAAAGGUCGGACGUAAUGGAGGUCCUAGGUUUCUGGCAGGCUGAGAGGGCAAAACUUUAA